AAGGGCUUGAUAGACCCUGUAUCCGUAGAAAAGAAGAAGCCGCCAGGUAUUGAUCAAUUCACUGCUGAUCACCUAGAUUCCUGUUUUCUUGCGGUAACUACCUUAAUCAAUGUUCUGAGUCUAGAACCAUGCAGGGCCCAGUUACAGCUGGAGACGCCAGUGAAAGCCAAGUUUUGGCUCUGGGCCAAGGUCAAGGUCAGACUCAAAGACAGCGAAUAACUUCACGAAUCCAACAUCACUUGAUUGCCCUCUCUUUUCUCCGCUCUCUCCGCUCUCUCACCUCUUCAAAAGCUGGAAAAAAUAAGAACUCACAUCGAAAUAAUCAUCACAAAACCAGAAACAGAAACAUGGCUCAUGAGCUCAAAGCUGGCGGAGGUGCCAGCGAAGUCACUCGCUCCCUCUCCAACGUCGACCCCAUCAUCAGCGGCCAACUCGUCAAGCUAUUCCAGUCUCUGGCCGAUAGAGAAGACAAGACCUGGAGCAAGGAGAGACUUACCUCCUUCAUCAGAGAUGUUCAACAAGAAAACUCUUCACCCGCUGUCCAAGAACUUCUCGCCAGAGACCACCUCGAUCUAGAUGGCUUCAUGGCCUGGAUGACGUCGUCUCAUGCAGCUGCUACAACCCCGCCUAAACCCCAAGAUCUCUCAUAUCCCCUUGCUUCCUACUUCAUCAGCUCCAGCCACAACACCUAUCUCACCGGAAACCAACUCUCGAGCGACAGUUCGACCAGGCCUUACACCGAAACUCUGCUGCGGGGUGGGCGCUGUAUCGAGAUCGAUGUUUGGGAUGGCGAUGAGUCUGAUCCUGAGGGCACGAGUAGUCCUUCCAGCAGCGAUGAGGAGAGAGGUGUGAAAAAGGUUGUAAAGAAGACAAAGAAGAGAAGCACUUUUGGAAAGCUCAAAGAGAAGCUCGCAAAGACGAGUCUUCGUGAUAAGGAUGAGUCCUCCGACCCCGCCUCCGGCCAACAGCCCGCUCCCGACGCCGAUCCCGAGUCUACGGAGCCCGAAGCCGCUAUCGUUGAGCCCCGUGUGCUCCACGGCUACACCCUCACCAAGGAGAUUUCCUUCCGGGCUGUCUGUGAGGCCAUUCGUGAGAGCGCCUUUGUCGUUAGCGACUUGCCCGUCAUCGUCUCUCUUGAAGUCCACUGCAAACAGGACCAGCAACUUGCCAUGGUCCGCAUUAUGAAGGAAGUCUGGGGCGAUCUUCUCGUCCCUGAGCCCGAGAACGAACCUGAUGCUCUACCCAGCCCAGAUGAGCUGCGUCGAAAGCUCAUCGUCAAGGUCAAGUAUGCACCACCUGGUGCAGAUGCCACUCAAGAGGAGAGUGAGGAGGAGGACAGGGCGCCAGCCCCUGGUGCCCAGGCUGGUGAUGCUCCACCAAAGAAGCCGGCAAAGAUUAUACAGGAGCUGAGUCGUAUGGGGUUCCAUGCGCGAGGUGUGUCUUUCAAGAGCUUGACACAGCCAGAAGCUGGCAUGCCCACACACAUCUUUUCCCUGUCUGAGAAGAAGGUCAUUGAUGUGCACGAGAAGCAAGCAUCUGAUCUGUUCAACCACAAUCGACACUUCCUCAUGAGAACUUAUCCUUGGGGCCUGCGAAUAGGAUCAUCCAAUCUCGACCCUUCUGUUUUCUGGCGCAAGGGUAUUCAGAUCGUUGCGCUCAACUGGCAGCGGUGGGAUGAGGGCAUGAUGCUUAACGAAGGCAUGUUUGCUGGAACAGGAGGAUAUGUCCUCAAACCUCAAGGCUAUCGUCCCAAUCGCAACGACGAAGAAACCGAAAACACCAUCAUCCGGAAAUCGCUCCAUCUCACAAUCACAGUCCUCGCCGCUCAAAACAUUCCCCUCCCACCAGGCGACACCUCUGCCAGAGGCUUUGAGCCCUACGUCAAAGUCGAGCUUCACGUCGAAGGACCUGAUGAAUUCCACGGCGGCCCUGUCCCUAAUGAAGGACACGAACGCGAGGGUGAAUACAAGGCCCGCACGAAGACACACCGUGGCAACAUGGUUGACUUUGCUGGUGAACGUCUCGAAUUCCCCCCUGUGCCUCAUGUCGUCGAUGAACUCUCAUGGGUGCGAUUUACAGUGCGUGAUGAUGAGAUUGGGAGGGAUGAUUUGGCGGCGUGGGCUUGUAUGAGGCUUGAUAGGCUGGGUAAUGGGUACCGGUUUGUGCAUCUCAUGGAUUGUGAGGGUCGCAUCACGGAUGGUGCGAUUUUCAUCAAGGUUGAUAAGAAGUUGGUUUAGCUGGGAUUUAGUGGCAUGGCGAUGAUGUGAUAUUGUAUUCUAUUUGUCUGGCAUAUGCAUACAAUGAGAGCGUUGUUCACAAAGGAUACUAUUGCUUAUUUAAUUUGAACCAACAGCUAGACCCGAAGAGACCUGACGUGUCAAUGUCGCCCAAGUGUCUAGAUAGCGACGGACGCUAUAUGAUUGAAAUGGCAGACAUUGACAUUGCCUCAUCUUUUGAGAUGGCUCAUAAACGGGAUCUUACAAGUGAAUUCUUCACGAAAAGUCAGGCUGAAAAUAUAUAUAGGCACAAAUGAAAUUCAAUUCAGGAGCGAGGAAUGUAUCAUCUCGCUCAAUAAGUAGCUAACACUAAUACGCUAGAACCUCUCUCAGACAAUCAUACUUAGUAGUCGUUGUCACCACUGUUCUUGUUUCCCCUGAGCUUGUCCUCAACCUUGUCCUUGACCUUGUCGAGGAAACCACCUGAUCGGCUGUUGUCGUUGUCAUUGUCACGGCCAGAUCCGUAUGUGUUGCUGGAGCCAUAAGAAUCGUUGUCCUUGUUGCUGGAGCCAUAGGAGUCAUUGUUUCCAGAGCCGUAGCUGUCAUUGUUGCUAGAGCCGUAUGUGUUGCUGGUGCCGUAAGAGUCGCUGCUCUUGUUGCCGGAACCGUAGGAGUCGUUGUUGCUA